AAGGGUUUCCUAACGAUGUGUGAAGGCAUGACAAAACACUCAGGCACUUCAGAGUCACUGAUAUGUUCACAAAACUUGGCAAGCUGCCAGCAACGGUAUGAUAAUAGAAAUCCAUUUGGCUGCUUGGAAGAGGUGGAACAAGCAGGAUGCAUCCUUUGGAAAGCCCCGCUGAGAUUGAGGCUGUUGAUCUAAGGAAGGGGAGUAAUUAGUAACUUUUAGUGGGAAUAAUGGAACUAAUGCUUAAAAAAUACACAAGCAAACACAGUGUGAGAAAUAACAGGCUGAGAUCAUGAAAAAACAAUAAACUUACUGUAGCAAGCUAGCAAAUAAGCAUAAGCAAAACUAGCAAUAGCAUGACAUAAAUCAAAACAGUAAGGGGAAUUUUGAGAAACUAUGUAAAUGAAUAUGAGGGGCUUCAGGUACAGGUACAACUCUGAGAAAUAAUAGGAAAUUGCCUGAAAUUUUCCUUGAGCUCAAUAGAUUUGUUGGCUGAUUGAUUGCAAUAAAGAUCUCUGCGCCUUCUCAUCGAUAUCUGAAAAGUCUAUUCAUUGUUUUAUUCCUAAUCUAUUACAUUUAGUUCAGUAAAGUGUUUGACAGUUUAGUGGAUAUUUGGCUGAAGACAAAAGACCCUGGUUCACCCUGUGAUGUGUCCAAUUGGAGGAGGACUCUCAACAUGGGAGUGUCUUCCAUUCCCUCUUUUGUGAUGAUUUUAAUGACUAGUCAAGGCACAAAAGUUUGUUCAUCACUAGAGAGUGUAGAUCUACUGCAGACACCUGAAGCUUCAAGCCUUAAGACUUAAAGAUGAUCGUCACAAAUGUACAGUUUCAAACACCGGUUUGUCUGUAUCUUAUAAUGAUCCUCAUAAGUCAGACAAUGGCUUUUAAUGUAUUUUUCUCAAAAUCUAAAAAGCAUCAGGACAUAACUCGUGAUGCAAUUCUACAGACAACAGCUGAUGUCUGCAAACAGCAAGCACUCAAUAAGGGACGAAAUUUUGUUCUGAAAUUGCCAAUGAAUGUAAACUCAGUGGCAGAAGCUUGUUCCUCGUCUCAAUCAGCCAAACAUUUUCAAAGGAGCAUCAAUUACAUAAGUCAAUACAAUGUCUUGGUUGACUUUUGGAAAUUUUUUAAACCAAGUUACCAUUUUUGCAAUGAGGAGAUUUUGGCUGGAAGGGAUAUUAUUACUGCAGGAGUUUCUGCUGCCAAAUACAGUGUCAAAAUGGGACGAUAUGAAACUGCCAGAGAGGAGCUUGGUAAAGUCUUACACCCCUUGCAGGAUUUCUACAGUCAUAGUAACUGGAUUGAGAUGGGAAAGCGAAAACCUUACCCCAACCUGAUUAAACCACACACCCCGAUUAACAACAUAGCAGAUUCAGAAACAUGCAGAAAAUGUACAAGCAGCAUCUGCAGAGGCAACAUCCUGGAAGAUGUCAUCAAAAAGCAGAAACUAACAACAGCAUACUUUGGCUGGUCCAAACCAUAUGGAAAAUGCAGUCAUGGGGGAUUUUAUGAUCCAUCAAGUUGGUUUCAAGGUGGUAUAAAUAAGGAUAGUGACGACUCCAGCCAUGGUUAUCUGCAUUAUGAGGCAGCAUCGGUAGCUACUGCUGCUACCAGAGAACUACUGCAGGAUAUAAGAGCAGCAACUGGGGAUUCUGAAUUUCUUAGACUGAUGGGAUUCAGCCAGACUUCAGUACUAUGUUUUGUUGUUGAUACCACUGGCAGUAUGUCUGAUGAAAUUAAUGAGAUCAGGAGAGUUUAUUCAUCUAUCAUUGACAGUAAAGUAGGCACAGCUGUUCAACCUUCAGAAUACAUCCUUGUGCCAUUUAAUGACCCUGAUUAUGGCCCACUAACAAGAACAUCUGAUCCUAAUGUGUUUAAAAAAAAACUUAAUGCACUUACAGCUCAUGAUGGAGGAGAUGUACCUGAAAUGUGUUUUUCAGGUCUCCAGCUCGCCCUCACUGGAUCUCCACCACAAACUCAGAUUUUUGUUUUCACUGAUGCUGAUGCAAAAGAUAAAUGGUUGGCAAGCACCGUGAAAGCACUGAUUGAGAAAACAAAGUCUGUUGUGAACUUUAUGCUAACGCCACAGCCUAGACGUCUCCACAAGCGAGCAUCCACUGGGCUUUCCACUCAGCUGAACGAGGUCUACUAUGACCUGGCUCAGGCCUCUGGAGGUCAGGCUAUAGAAGUAACCAAGGAAACACUAAGCCAGGCCACUAGCAUUAUUGCAGAUAUCUCCAGCUCUACACUGGUCACACUAUUCCAGGCUGUUAGAAAAACAGUAGAUACUGAAAACUUCUCGGUCUUUGUGGAUUCCUCUGUGCAAAACCUGACAAUUUACAUCACAGGCAACUCUCCAGAUUACACUAUCACUAGUCCCUCAGGAGUCUCACAGAGCAGCACUGAACUAAAUGGGAUGUUGGGGCUUAUUCAGAGAGUCGGUAACUUCCAUACAGUGCGACCAAAUAUUGCAGAGCAGGUUGGAUUGUGGCUCUUCAGUAUUAAAUCCAAACAGAUGUACACCAUCAAAGUUGUUGGUCAAAGUGCUGUUGACUUCAUGUUUGACUUUGUAGAACUUUCCCAAGGGCUUCAUCCAAGCUAUUCUGUAUUAAACAGCAGGCCUGCAAAUAGCAAUGUCACCCUGUUGGUGUCCAUGGUCGGUGGGGACAGUGUGAGUCUUACAGAGGUGUCUCUGGUCAAAGCCUACAGUUCAAUUUCUUUAAAUGGGUCACUAGAAGAAGUAGCUAGUGGCCAGUACUUAGUGACCUUCAACAGCAUCCCAGCACGAGAGUUUACUGUUCGUGUGUUUGGACAGAUCAGUGUCUCUAGGUAUUCAGCUAACACCUUUCAGAGACAGUCACCAACUCAAUUCCAAGCAUCAACUGUGACCAUUACUACUCAACCUGUUGAAACAAUGGAACCAGGAAAACAAUUCACUCUCCCUUUCACUCUUGCAACCAAUGGCACUGCUGGAAGCUUUAAUAUUAGAGUUAGCAAUGAUCACAAUUUUGAAACUCAGUUUAACAGAUCCAUAACUCUUGAGAGUGGAGUCAGUGUGAAUGAUACAGUAACUCUGACUGUACCAAAAAACACUUCCUCUGGAACUGAUGUCACUGUGACAAUUGAAGCUGAAGCAGUUGAUGGAAGCGACUCCAACUACGCUGUGCUACGUAUCGCUAUCAUUGCUCCGAUAACAGAUUUUACUCCUCCCUUGUGUGAGGCAUUCAGUGUAAAUGCUAACUGCUCAGGCAACUGCAGCCUCUCCUCAUGGCACGUCACUGCUAAUGUGACUGAUGGAAAUGGGUCAGGAAUUCAGAGUGUGAGAAUCCUUCAGGGAAACGGCAACCUCGCCACUACCACUGUGUUCAGUGACACAGGUGUGAAUGUCACUAUGGUCACCUACAAUGCCUCUUGCUGUUCACAGGACCUGGAACUGGUUGCUGUGGAUGAAGCAGGAAAUGUUGCUUCCUGUUUUCAUUUUGUACGAGCUACAGAACUAAGCACCAGCACUGCACCCCCUGUAACAGCAACAUCCAUGUCUCGUCUCAUCCACCAAACCGGCACUAAUAGUGCUGAAUGUUGUUUGAUUUUGCCAGUCCUUCUUUGGCUCAAUGUUGGAAUAUCAGUUUACCAAUUCAUGCAGCGCUAAGUAAACAAAG